AUGAAAUCAUUUAAAAAAACUUCACGUACUCAGGUUCCUGAGGACGAUGGCAAAAAAAGUUUUAUAGACAGGGUGAAAAGUAUGCGCAAGAAAAAAGAUAGAGAAUCCGUUGACGAAAGAAGUAUUGUUGGGAAUAAGGAAGAAAUCGUAAGCGAGAAGGCUGAUAGUGACUACGCAAAAAGUCUUGAUAGUGAUAAAAAGCGUCUUAGUAUGAUUAGCAUAAAUAAUCGUUACAGCGUUGUGAAUGAUAUUGAAUCCAUGGUUCAGGAAUUGGAGAAGGCUGACAAGGAGAAAGAAGAAUUGGAACGUCGUAAUCGCGAUUUACUCAAUGAACUCGAAUCAAGCAAACAGGUCGUCGAAAAACUCCAGAAUGUUUCCAUAAAUCCUCCACGUGACCAGGAGUCUCGUGAUAAACCAGAGAAUGUGAGUGAAGAGUCUGAGAAUGUGCGAGAGGUGUCUCGUGAUAUACCAGAGAACGUGCAAGAAGUUAACACACAAGAAAUCGAGCAACUAAAGAUGGAUUUACAACAGAAAGACAAUGCCAUUCAAGAAUUGAAUUCCCAAUUGGCAACCACCAAAGAAGAGGUUGAGAAGGUCAAGAAAGAAGUAUCGGAGAGAAUUGCCUCUCAAGUUGAACUUGAAGCAAGUCAAGAGGAACUCAACCGGCUAAAGGUUGAACUACAAGAACGAAAGGAUGCGGUCGAAAAGCUCUCCUCUGAGCUUGAAGCCAGUAAGCUGGAAGUUGAGAAGGUGAAGAAGGAAACACUCGAACAAAGUCAACGAUCUGCAAACACCGAGAUCGAGCAGACCCGGGUCGCUUUGGAGGUCAACAAACACGAGAUCAACAAUCUAAAAACUACACUUGAGCAACGUGAUUCCGAAUUGACGGCAGCAAAGAAGGAACUGGAAAAGGUUAAAAAAGAAGCUACCGAACAACGAAAAAAUAGGUCAAGCGCCGUUCAGAACGAAAUCUCGAAGAUCCAACUUGCUUUGAAUGCAAGCAAAGAAGAAGAAAACAAGUUGAGAGCGGAAGCUGAAAAAAGAAAAGAAGAAGCCGACAAAUUGAAGGAUGAAAUUGAAAAAAGAAAAGAAGAAGCCGACAAGUUGAAGGCUGAAAUUGAAAAAAGAAAAGAAGAAGCCGACAAGUUGAAGGCUGAAAUUGAAAAGGGUCAAGUUGCUCUCCGAGAAACCACUGAAAAGAAUGUAAAAUUGAACGCUGCCGUUGAAGAGAAUGCUCAUACAAAAGCCGAGUUCGAAAAAGUCCAACUUUCACUUCAAUCAAAAAUAAAAGAUUUCGAAAUUCUGGAAAGUUCUCUCAAGUCAACCACCGAAGAGAAGAAUAAGAUUAUUGAAGAGUUGAGGGCUGAACUUGCGAAAAGGAAAAAAGAAGCUGAGCUCGCCAACAUGUCCCUUUCCGAAAGACAUCAUCUUGACCAAUCUAUGGAGAAGGAAUUACAGAAGAACAGAGCCGAAAUUCAACAACUUAAUGCUGCACUUCAAAAUGCCAAUGCUAAUAUUAACGAUCAACGAAACUUAGCCAUUAACGACCUGAACAAUAUCAAAUUUGAGCUUGACCAAAAAAUUUCUAUUAUACAAGAACUCGAAGGUCAACUUUUGAUCCGUGAUCAGUCAAUACAACAACAUGCCGGAGUGAACGAUUCACUUAAUAGGGCACUUAAUGGCGCUCUCUCGGAACUUGAAUAUACGAAAGCUGAGAUUUCAUCAGUAAAAUCUGAACUCGAAUCGAGGAAAUCCGAACUUGAGUCUACAAAGAUGGAACUAUCUUCGGCAAAAUCUGCGCUCGGAAAUUCUGAUCCCUCGUUGGUUGAAGAUCUCAGAAAUCAACUGACGAACGUGAAAGCACAAUUAAAAGCAAUUGAAUGGGAUAAAGGUCGAUCAAUAUCCGAGUUAAAAUGUCAAAUUGAAAAUAAAGACCAAGACGCUAACAUAUUACGAGAAGAACUUGAGAAGAUGAGAACAAAAGAACAAGAUGCAACCAGACUGCGAGAAGAACUUGAGAAGAUGAAGACAAAAGACCAAGAUGCAAUCAGAUUGAGAGAAGAACUUGAGAAGAUGCGAACAAAAGUUCAUACUGUUGAGAAAUUGAACGAGGGACUAAAUACCCAAUUAUUGGAAGCACGGAAAUCUCGCGAUAAAGUCGAAUCCAAUACUCAGCAGACCAAUGGUCAGCGGUCAGCUAAAUCAAAACAAUCAAAAACCAAUGCAACGUCCACCGAUUCCGCGCUGACGAAAGAUGUCAAGAAAACGUCCGAAAAACAACCGGUAGUAGAGGAACCUUCCUCGAAACGUGAUAGUGUUGUCGAACCGACACAGACCAGAGGUGUAGAAACCACACCUCAGGCUAAUGUCCCGACAUCUGAAGUUUACACGAACGGCAUAACGUCACAGCAAGACCAAGAUGAAGGCUGGACUAAAGUUCAAAAACGAAAGGCAAAAAUAAGGAGCAGUAUGGUAAUAGCAUAA